AUGCGUGCUAUAUUGCCCGGCAGGCCCCAAGCGAAGCUCCAAGCUCUCACCACUGGCUUCUGGCGCGAUAGGCAAACUCUAGCUUACGUGUCCGGUAACGCCCUGAUCAUCCUCGAUGGCCCGAACCACGUCCUCCAAACCACGUAUCAUACUGAACCCGACGAUCUCGUUGCGGUGGCCUUCGACGAAGCUACUGGCAAGAUAGCAACAUGUUCGGCUACGGAGGUUCACAUAUACCAGCCUUACGGUCAAGAUGAAGGUGAGGUCAAAUGGUCCCUCCAAAAUACAUUACAUCUCCCAGAUACAGAGGAUGAGACCCGCACUCUCUCCUGGGGCACUGACGAGGAACUCCUCGUCGGCUCCUCCAGCUCCCUGACCCUCUUCUCUACGCACAACGGCUCCGAACUCCUGUGGUCCAAACCAAUCGCGUCUCCGCCCAAGUACGCCCUGUUCUCGCCCGACGCCUCCUUCAUCGCCUCAACGUCCACCUACGACAAGCUCGUCAAGAUAUGGCGCCGGUCGAGCUUCGGCCGCUUCGACGUCGCCUAUCUACGGCACCCUGCAACAAUCACCGGCUUACACUGGCGGCGACCAUGGCAUCGCGAACAGACCUUGGAGAAUGUCCUCUACACAAUCUGCGCGGAUGCCAAGGUCCGGGUGUGGACGCCAACGGAUCACCACAGUCUCGACAUCAUGGGCCUGUGGACCACGAUCGACUGCGCUGAGAGCAUAAAGCCACGAAGGUUUCCGAACCCAAUCCCCUCGAAGAAGAGAUAUGCUUUCGUCAUCGAUAGCAGGGACUUCACUGCAGCUACGGAGAGGGCUGUCGAGCAGGCGGACAGUCGGAAGAAAGGUCCCGAUCAACAUGCGUUGGAGCAUCUGGUAGCAGUCGCAAACCGCAGUCCAGAGGUCGUGGUGGUGUUGGAUGAUCAGGGAAACAUGAGUGCGUGGGGUCUGGAGGGCAUUGGAUGCAAAGCCAGGAAAAAAGGUGAUGUUUUCAAUGUGGCACACGUUGAGGGGCUCAAACUCAGCUUCGAGAAGGAAGCGGAGGGACUGGAAAACAAUGUCCAGCUCUACAACUUCUGCGACGGCAAGAAGGGAGAACAAAGAGGGCUCUCCGUACUGGCACACCACUUUGAUGGGAGGAUUGAGUGGUGGGAAGGAAGGAUAGAUCGGCUUUUCGACGUGUCACCUAAUACGCGUCGCUUGGACCGGAGAGCUGUCUGGACCGGUCAUUCCAGCGCUAUUAAGAAAGUAAACCGGACUGCCACAGGCAGAGCACUCUUCUCACGGACAGACGACAACGAAGGCGUGGUCUGGGUCCAGAGAGUAAAUCCGGAGGGUAGAUUGGCCCUUGUCAGACACAGUACCAUUGAUACGGCGGAACACAUUCACCGUGUAUGGCUGCUACAAGAGGGAGAUUUUGUGGCACUUUUGCACCACGACAGUCUGUCGCUGUGGGAUAGUCGAGCCGCGAAGGCAGUUGAGGUAGCAAGGUGUCAACACAGUCUCAAAGGCAAGCUAUUAUGCCUCCUCCUGAUACCAGAAAUCGAGGCCAACAGCGGAUGUGUGCAUAUCGCAACAAUCACAUCCGAGAUGAAGGGCGCGGCAUGGGAAGUCCGGAUCCCCCAAAAGAAGUUUGCGGACACCGUACGGGGCGCACGCUACAGUAUCGUGAAUUCAAACAUGCUGAGCAUAUUUGGCAAAAUCUCACUGGAAAACUUCUGCACCUUCGACCUCGGGGCUGGAGAUGAUCUCGAGUUUGUGCUACCCGUGGACCCUGCUGGCACGCCGCCAGCAAUAUCUGGCUUCCUCGAUAUCUUUGCACGCGAUGUCGCUAUCUCAUACAACAGAUCCGGCGUGUUGGAAUCGUGGACCGCCAGAGUCGACUUGGAGAAUCGAAAACUCGAAUGGUUGCAAACAUCGAGAGUUGAGACGGGUGUCGAAAAUCCAUUCCUCGCCAGUAGCACUUCCAUCCGAAAAGCUGCGCUUAUCGACUCAUCGAAGACUGGACUCACGAUCUGGAACACCCGGAGUGGCCAGCUUGAGCAUGAAGAGCGCUUCGAAGGCCACGGCGGCAUGCAAGACUUAGAUUGGUCUUCCACGCCGGACAAUCAAAGCAUUCUUGCAGUGGGGUUCCCGCAUCGAGUGCUCAUUUACGCGCAGCUACGGUACGACUACCUCAACGCCGGACCUUCAUGGACAGCAGUUCGCCAGAUCAGCACAAGAGAGCUUACACCCCAUCCGAUCGGCGAUUCCGUAUGGCUUGGCUCAGGUAAUCUCGUCAUCGGCGCUGGAAAUCAGCUUUUCGUCCAGGACGAAUAUGUCGAGAUUUCCGAUAACCUCCUGCCGGACCUGCGAGCGGUGUCGCGUAAGAAUGCUGCGCUUGACAUCUUCACCGUAGUCAGUCGACUAAACGGACCCUUACCAGUGUUUCAUCCACAGCUUCUGGCACAGUGCAUACUAGCGGGAAAGCUGCUGCUCGUUCAGCGCGUUCUGAUUAGUUUAUACAAAGCACUGAAGUUCUACAGUGAAGGUGAUGACCUCGAUAGCUUCCUUGGCUUUCAACCGGAGGACUUCUACUCAGAACACGAGGUGUUUCUCAACGCGCCGAGAAAGGAGAUGCAUUCUUCUUACGCCGACUUCUCUGACGAUGAAGAGCCCGAUUCGUUGACCGAAGAUGUGGCGACGUCGCUCAACGAGCUACUGACACAGAAGUCUGUACCCCAACUCACUAGUCGGGAGCAGUUCCACCUUGCGGACAUCGUCGAGUGUGUCGGGACGGUAGAAAAGCACCGUCGUUCUGUCGACGAUAAUGCUAGCCGCUUCCUACUGUUCUUCCGGCAGCAUGUGCUAAGAGCUACCAAAAAACUAAUCUCCCUCAGCAAAACCUCCGAUCCCGCCCCCCUCUCCUGGCGCGAAAUAACCUGGGCCUUCUUCUCGACCUCCCAAGACAUCCUGCUCGACCUAAUCUCGCGCCACUUCUCCAACCGCAUGCACUGGCCCUCCGCGCGCUCCAGCGGCGUCUUCAUGUGGCUCACCGACCGCGCCGCCCUCCUCUCCUACUUCGAAACAAUCGCCCGCAACGAAUACGUCAAGUCUGAGGACAAGAACCCCGUCGACUGCAGCCUGUACUACCUCGCUUUGAAAAAGAAAGCGGUAUUGCUCGGGCUGUGGAGGAUGGCGACGUGGUCGAGAGAGCAGGGCGCUACGUAUAGGUUGCUGAGUAAUGAUUUCAGCCAGAGCAGGUGGAGGACGGCGGCGCUGAAGAACGCGUAUGCGCUCAUGGGAAAGAGGAGGUUUGAGUAUGCGGCGGCGUUUUUUCUGUUGGCAGAUCAACUUCAAGACGCUGUCAGCGUUCUCAGCAACCAGCUCGGUGACCAGCAACUCGCGAUCGCGGUCGCGCGCGUCUACGAAGGCGACGAUGGGCCUGUCCUCCGCCGGUUCUUAGAGGAGAAGAUACUCCCGCAGGCGGCGAGUGAAGGAAACAGGUGGCAGGCGUGCUGGGCAUUCUGGAUGUUAGGCCGGCGGGACAAGGCGGUGCGGGCGCUGGUGUCGCCGCUGUCAAGCUUGAUGAGUCCGCCGACAAGCCCGAAGAUGGGGAGUAAGAGCUUCUUGACGGACGAUCCGGCGCUUGUGGUGCUGUAUAAGCAGUUGAGGGAGAAGAGCCAGAUGACGCUUAAGGGCGCGGUGAUGGUGGCCGGGGCGGAGGAGUGGGGGUUUGUGAUGCAUACGGCGAGGUUGUAUGAGCGGAUGGGGUGUGAUUUGCUGGCGCUGGAUUUGGUGCGGACAUGGGAGUUUCUGGCCCCACCUCCGCAACCUCUCGCGCCACUGCCGACCAAAAUGCCAAGUCACUCGCAGCAAGGUCAUCAGCAGGCCUACGCACCCUCCGCGCUUGAUGGCUACGACAUCGAUCCGCGGAAGCUCCUACGGAGAAGAAGCUCGCUUGUCGUGGCGGACUUACCGACGCGGGAGGCGAUCAAGGCUGCGUCUAUCGCGGAGGAUGGGGAGAUGGAAAAGAAUGGAGAGGUGGAUGGUGCGAGUAAGGAGGAGACGCGAGAAAGGGUUGCGAAGGUGGAGGAGAAGAAGAAACCGCCGCCCACGCAGUUUCAGGAACCGGAUGCUAAUAGCUUAUUGGAUUCUUUUGGUUUCUAA